UUUACAACCCGUGUGUUGACAGGAGACCGGUAAUCACCGCGGGGAAAUCACUACACCUGAACCAGCCAGCAGUACCUUAGUUCUCUUCUCCACACGUCAGUCUGGAAUUCAAGAUUUAAUCACCAGAAAUAACUGAACCAUGGAAGCAUUUGUGCACCAUAUCACCAACAAAUUGUCGGAAAUCCGGAAACCAAAGGAACCGGAAACGAAGCCGUUACAGUUUGGAGAGUUAAAGUUAUGGUCAUUCUGGCGCGCCGUGCUGGCCGAAUUAGUUGGAACAAUGCUGUUUGUAUUCCUCGGAUGUAUGUCAUCUAUUCCUCUUCGGACACAUACCCCUCUUGACCACGAUCCUGUAAAGAUAUCCCUCGCCUUCGGACUUGCUAUCAUGGCACUAAUACAAAUCUUUGGUCACGUUUCCGGCGGACAUUUCAAUCCUUCUGUUUCUGUCGGUAUGGCAGUUGGAAAUAUCAUCACGCCUGUUCGAGCUAUAAUGUACACAUUGUCACAGACAGGGGGUGCUAUCAUCGGCGGCUUUAUAUUGAAGGGUGUAUCGCCUGAAUCUGUACACAGUAACCUCGGACUCACGCAGUUGGACAAUGAAGUGACCAGUGGUCAAGGUGUCGGAAUUGAAAUAAUUCUAACAUUUACCCUUGUGUAUGUAAUUAUUGCCACAACCGACUCAAAUCGCGUGGACUUUGGAAGCGUGUCCGUCAAGAUCGGGCUCACUGUAGCGACUCUACAUCUUUCAGCGAUUCAUUUCACAGGAGCCAGUAUGAAUCCAUCUAGAUCGUUAGGGAUUGCCGUUGCCUCGAACAAUUUUACAGACCAGUGGGUGUACUGGGUAGGACCUCUGAUAGGCGGAUCAUUGUCGGCGCUGAUGUAUAAAUUCCUCUUCAAUCCAUACAAAGGAGCUAUAACUAUGGAUGAUGCGGUUCAAAAAUUAGCGGAAGAUGGGACAAUGGUCUGCAUACCCCGGGAUUAUUUCAGGGCGGAUUCACAACGAAAUGGUGGUGAACAAGUUGAGAAAUUGUCUAUGAACCUAUGAAAAGGUUACAUGAUAUCGACCAGUCAGUGGGACUAUUUAAUCAUGUACAACUUGUAUUAAGAGACAGUUAUAAAUGCUAUAUUGAUAUACCUUAUAUAUGGGUGGUUAAUUAUAGGCUGUGGUUUAUAAACAUAUGUAUUGAUAUACGUGAUGCUGAAAAACCUGUAUAUAACGAAAGCAGUAAGGUGGUCACCAUAUAAAGAAGACUUUUAUAUAAUUGACGGUUGCUAUGAAAAGACGUGUUUACUGAAUAGAUGUUCCUUUAUAAGGUUAUGGCUGUACACAUUUGUCAUCAUGUUACUUAAGUCACUUAAUAAUCAUGAACACAACAUGACUUAUUUUUCUUUUUGAAAUUCCAAAAUUCACUGAUAAAUAUAGAAAACAAUGCAAUAGCGAAAUCUGGAACGUUAACAAUUGUACGUCAUACUGUUGUUUGUCUGACUUUCAAACGGCGAAUUAGGCGCCUUAGGAAUUCAUGUAUUGUGAUAUUUUUUUCUAAUUGAUACUCCAAUUGUUAUUACAAGUAUGCAAUUAAGAGAUAAUUGAUAUUUAUUUUUCUGAGUUUGCAAUGAGAUUAUAUAGAAGUAAGAAUCAGACUGCCACUAUAAUACAAUUCAACCAAUGUUAUCACUGUCAACACCUGGGGUUAUCAGCAUUGCUGAUUUCACACCAUCAAUUUUAAUAAAUAUCGAAAUAGAAAUGACAUAGUUUAUAGCAAAACAAUGACACAUUUUAAUAUAUUUAGUCCAAUAUCUACAUUAUUAACAAAAGGAACAAAUACAUUAUGACUAGCACAUUGUUCUGCCAUAGUGUUCAUUGCAUUGAUUGAUAUGCAGGGCCUAUGGAUUCUAAUUCUUCCUUGUGAUGUUUGACACUUAAAAAAAAAGAUAUGUAAUUAUUAUAUGACAAUACUCGGAUUCUUUGCUAAUUGUAUAUUUGUAAAUAAUAUUCGUUGAUGCUAUAAUAUAUUAACAUGCAAAAUUUGUUUAUGAUAUUUUUUUGAUAUGUUUAUACUGAUAACUUCCAAUUGAUAAGUAUAUUCUGUUCUUAUGAAAGCAGGACGGAUGUAAACCAAAACAUGCCUUUCAUUUAAAAUCGAUUAAAAUAUGUUUUGGUAAAUUGAUUUAAAUGUAUAAUUAUUGAAUUUAUUAGCUCACCUGGACCGAAUGACCAAGGUGAGCUUAUGCCAUACCGUAGCGU